AUGACCUAUACACGACAACCGCCUUCUUCUACCAGCACACCCCACCUCCUCCCUCAACAGGACCUCGCUCUUCCCCUCAACAGCCUCAUCCUCGUCACGGGAGCCACCGGCUUCAUUGCCAGCCACGUCGUGCGCGAGCUGCUCUCCCUCGGUUUCCGCGUCCGAGGCACCGUGCGCUCCGAAGCCAAAGGCGAAACCUCACGCGGCACCCACGACCACCACCCCCGCUACAGCACCGCAGUCGUGCCCGACGUUGCCGCACCGGACGCAUUCGCGACCGCCAUCCGCGACGUUGACGGCGUGGUCCACCUCGCCAGCGACACCAGCUUGGCCGACGACCCGGAUGCCGUCAUUCCUGCGGUCAAGGCCGCGACCGUCGAGGUCUUGCGCGCCGCCAAGGCGGAGUCCAGCGUCAAGCGUGUCGUCCUCACGAGCAGUAGCUCGGCCGCCACGUUCCCCAAGCCCGGCGUCAAGUUCCACAUCAGCAAGGACACGUGGAAUGACGAGGCACUCAAGGUCGCGUGGGAGACGCCCGUGGAGGAGAGGAGCGAGGACCCCGGCUACGGCUUCUCGGUCUACGCGGCGAGUAAGACGGCGGGCGAGCGUGCCGCGUGGGAGUUCAUGCGCUCGGAAAAGCCGGGCUUUGUGCUGAACGCCGUGCUGCCGAAUUAUAACAUCGGCAGGGUCUUCCGCGACGUGUACCCGGGCGUGACGGGCAUCGGCACGAUCGACGCCCUCAAUGGCAAGGUCAACACGACCUUCCCACCGCAGUAUAUGAUCAACACGACGGAUGAUGCGAGGGUUCACGUUGCGGCACUGAUAGAUAAGACGGUCAAGGAUGAGAGGCUGUUUGCUUUUGCGACACCCUUCAAUUGGAACGACAUGCUGGCCGCUAUCCGGAAGGUGAGGCCCGAGAAGAAGGUCAUCGACGACUUCCCGAAUCUAGGGAGCGACGAGAGUACCGUGGACAACGAACGCACGGAGGAGCUGAUGAGGAAGUGGUUCGGUCAGGGGGGAUGGACGUCGCUCGACGAGAGUGUGCGGCAAAACUUGGAACAUAUCGAGUGA